AGUGAAUUUGCCAAUUAUGAAAUUGUGUGAAUAAUUUAAAGACUCAUGAUCCUCCACUCAUCGCUUCUGUCAUGAUUAUUUAUGGCUGCCCAGCCAUAAACCUCCCUGAGCCUCUUCUCUACUUACACAUUACACAGCUCUCCCCCUGAAUAGAACAAAAUACAAAUAGAACAUAAAACAUAGAAUGGACUGUAUAAUAGAAUGACACUGCAUGGCAUCAAUAGAAUAAAAUAGAAUAAAAUAGUUUGUCAGACAAUAAAAAGGGAUGGUUUGGCUUGACAGUAAGUCCAUUAGUCGAAAGGGCAAUAUUUAAGUCGAUGUAAAUAGAUUGGCUGAAAUUGAUUGGCUUGACACAUGAAAUACAAACGACCAUGAAAUCCUAUUUAGUUUGAAAUUAUGGGCAAACUCGAAUAUGUCCAGCCUGCUACAGUAGCCCUACGCCACUAACUAUAUGCCACCGUCGACCUGUCUGAGCACUUCUUCUUCAGGACGCAUCUGUGUCUGUGAAAGUCAUUUAACACACUGUCGCACAGUGAACUGACGAGCGCGAGGAGGAGGGAUCUGUCAUCUUCACCGUCUCAGGCAGCAUGUUGACGGGAUCCUAUCGUGCCACUGUCGAGAGAGAAAUGGCGAGAGCCAGUGUCAAAAUUCGAGAACAUCUAUCUUUGGAUGCAGAGUAACCUGAUGUUUCACAGCUGUAAAUAGUUUUGGAGUCUUGGUUCAUUGUAUUCAGCCUACAGGGCACGCGCUACACUUUGGCGGUGGUGACAGUUAAUCUAUCUGAGCUGGGUUCUCGGCCAGUGCAAUCUAAGGAAUUGAUCGUUAUACAGGACUAUAUACCUGCAACUUGUUCCCAGAACCGUGGAGCCUGACUCCCGUUGGAUGUAACGUUGAGCGGAGUGACGCGGGUCGGUGUGCGGACAAAUAGAGCGGUGGCGGACCAAACGCACAACGUCCAAUUCAAUCUCCCUUCCCGUGUCCCUGUGCUCGGCCCGACUCAUAACGGAGAUGUUGCUCCUCGGAAUACUGCUCAACAUCUUCAUACGAGGUGUGGUCCCCUCCUUGUCGCCCCUCCCCCAUGGCUUUGUAGACUGUGUCGAGGCAGAGAGGGGGUGUAAGGAAGACCCCCGGUGUAAGGAGCUGUACAUGACCCUGGAGUACUGUGCAUCCGAGGAGGCGGUGGCUCCGCUGGGGAACAAGGCCAGCAUUGAGUGCCUGGAGGCCCUGAGCGGCCUGCACUACCUCCCUCUGUUGGCCUGCAAGUGUCAGCGCGGCGCACGCAGAGAGGAGCACUGCCUCAAAGUCUACUGGAGCAUCAGGAUCCUGCAGGGUUAUGAUGACUUUGAGGGGUCUCCCUAUGAGGACUCGCCAGUGGAGUCUUCUCGAAUGGCCUCCUUAGUGGCAGCAGCCUCCUCUCUUCUUCUAGAUGGACAGAACGUAUGUCUGAAGGCAGCCCAGGACUGUGGUCUGUAUGAGAAAUGUGGUUCCCUGAGGUCUGAGUACGUCCUGGCCUGCACCAAGCAUGCCCCAGGCUCGGACCACUGCAACAGGCAGAAGUGCCUCCGGGCGCUGCGGCGCUUCCUGGAGCGCGUUCCGGAGGAGUACAGCCUGGGGUUGCUGUUCUGCCCCUGUACUGACAAACUGUGUGGGGAGAGACGCAGGAAGACCAUCGUACCUUCCUGUUCCUACCAGGAGAGAGACUUGAUACAGCCUAACUGUCUGCUUCUGCAGAGCUUCUGCAGGAGGGACCAAUUCUGCAGGUCCAGACUGGCUGAUUUCCAGCAUAACUGCCAGCCGUCUGGCCAUUCCCCUUCUGGCUGUAUCAGAGAGAGUGGAGCUGUGUGCCUCAAUUCCUACGCCGGACUGAUCGGCACCAUCAUGACCCCCAAACUACGUUAGCAACAGCACUGUGGAAGUGGACUUGUGUGUAACUGCGAGGGCAGUGGCAACCAAUGGCAGGACUGCCUGAGGAUCAGCACAUGUUCACAACAACGCUGU